GUUUGGAAAUAUUUUAAAACCAACUCGUUAUGGCGGCAGUUAAAGAUUGGGGUUUUCUUGUGGUUUAUUAUUGCUGGAUCACCUAAAAACGGACGCUAUGAGAGAGAUAAUUAAAAAGAGCCUGUUUUCUACUUGAGGGCAUCUAUGUUCAAACUGUCGUAAACAUGUGAUGGAAGUUGGUUUGAGAAAAACACAAAACUCAUCCAGUAAAAUUAAAAAAAAAAAACAAGAAAACAACUUUAAAACACAUGUGAAACCAUAAAGAACGACUUAGCCUAAUUGAAUUGUCAUGAACGGUGAGUUUUAACUCCAAAGGUGAUAUGUCAUCUUCUUCGUUAAAAGAAAAACAUAACUUCCAGUGUGCUUCAGAGGCCAGUUUGGAUUUAAUCAAGUUGCCUCUCAAAGACAUUCUGCUAAGUCAAAUUAGACCUGAGGAUCUAUUCUUAAAGAUUCAAAAUAGUUCUUUGUUGCAUGGGAGAAAUCCGCUUCGUACGGACCAACGAAAGCUAUGUUACUUUCCACCACCUGUUCUACCGGACUACAUCAAGUUUGAUGCUACCUUAUUGUACACUCUCAUCAGAAAUUUAUGUCCUGGACUGAUGCCAACAAGAGGAUGGGGAAAUGAACCAGGCCAAUACGAUAUACAGGUCGGAGAUGACAUUGAGCGUCUCAGAUUGUUCAGAAACAAUAACUUUGCACACUUAAGUUCUGCAAUCAUUCCUGACGAUACGUUUAAAGAUGUUUGGAAAACUUUAAAAUCUGUUUUAAUUAGACUUAAGUCACACUCAGGAUGUAGUGUAGAUUAUGUUAAAAAAUUCGGAGAGAUAGAAUAUUCACAGUUUAGAUAUGAACUCUGGGAACAAUAUAAAGACAUCUGGAAAGCCUAUCUGGAGAUAAAAAAACAGACAGAUGAAAGAGCUAUUCGGAUAAAAGGUAAUGAAGAAGUUAUUUGUGGGAAUUCAGCAAUUUUUGACGCAGAAGUGGAACAAGCUGAACACUUUUGUUUGCCAAUUAUAUGGCAGAGACGCAGAGGAAAGUGGGUUGAAAUAAUUGACCCAACUCUAGAGAAAUAUAGUGGUAGUACCAACACAAGGCUUGUAAUGUCAUCUGUAUGUAAAAUGGAUGCAAUGGAAUACCAGGCUUUUUUGCCAGAUGGAUACAACCAAAUGUUGUACAGUAACACUAUCAAUCUACAUGUACUUGGAGAAAAACCCUUUUUGAAUGAUUUGGAAGUAACAACAGAAGACGAAGAAAUAAAAAUUCAUUACAGCUUUGGAGUUUCAGAAAAUUCACCUCAUGUCCAGGACAUAAAAUGGAGUAAAAAUGGCCACCGAAUGGAUAUAGGAUACGAUAAAUUCAUUAGAGGGAGUCUCCAUGACAGUUGUCUCAUAAUUAAAUCACCUUCUGAAGACGACAAAGGAAAAUAUUCCUGCACAGUAACGAAUGCUGUUGGAUCUAAAGAAAAAGAUAUAGUACUCGACGUUCCUUGCAUCGCAAUUUCAACCAAACCAAAAGUUCAUUUUGCAUCAGAUACUACAAUAACGUCCAUUGUUACAUCAAAUCCACAACCUGAAAAAGCUCAGUGGCAGAACAGCAAAAAUGGAAAUGACUUCUAUGAGAUGGACGUUACAAAAUCGAAAUAUUUUGGGAGCAAUGUCAGUCCAGAGUGUCCACGUCUUGUGAUCCCAAAGACAACCUUUGAUGACAUGCUCUAUUAUCGUCUACAGAUCUCAAAUAAACUUGGAGUGAAUGUCAGCAACAUCGUAUAUCUGAAGGUCACAGGAAGUCUCCCCAAUAUUACUGUUGGUCAUGAAACUGAUAUCAAUAAUAGGUCAAUUAAAUUACGGGGAGUCGUGUUUUUGUCGGACGAUUCGCCUGACAUUAAAAAUAUUUUCUGGUCCAAAAAUGGAGAGAAGUUAGAUAUUCAAGGAAGUGGUGGUAGACUAUCAGGCGUUACCAUUGAUGAUCCAUCUUUGACCAUCAGAAACGUCAGCCAGGAUGAUGCUGGCAAGUAUCAACUAACAGCGAUCAAUGCGGUUGGACCAAAUGAUAGUGCCGUCAUCUCUAUUGAUGUUCCAAAUGUAUACAUACGUUCGGAGAAAAAUUUAACAGGAGGAAUUGAAUGUUUGUGUUUCACGGUGGAGAUUACAUCAAAUCCAGGCCCCUGCCAUGCUCAAUGGAAUUUUAAGUCCAAAGGGGAAGAAACGUUCACACCAUUAGAUGUCAAUGCUGAAAAAUAUCAAGGGUCAACAAACUCUCUCCCUCAUCCAAAGUUAGUUAUAAAGGAAAAGGAUCAACUUAAAAAGAAUACAUAUCAAAUAAAAGUAACAAAUUUUGUAGGAAGUACAGUUGGAGAAAUCUCAGAUGAUGAAAAUCGACCUCUGCAAAAGCAAGAAGGUUUUAUGGAAAACACACUUUACGAAGACAAAGGUGCAGGACUUAAGUUUGCCCUUCUAAAUAACGACCUAGCAAACCAAUUUCCUGUCGAAAAACUAAAAUUGCUUAAACUCAUAAUACAAUCCUCUGGUAAAGUUGCGGACGUGACUUCCUUAAAAUCAGCUGAUUCUGCAACGGAAUGCUUAACUAUUCUUCAAGAUGAAAACCUAUUUUCUAAAAGAGAUGUUAUAUUUGUACAAUUUCUUUGCAAAGUGACCGGUUGUAAAGAAUUGUAUGAGAAAUGUAAAGAUUAUGCAUUAUCGCAGAAAGCAUUGUGUUGUUUCGAAAGGCAAAUAGAAAAUGGGUAUACAAAAGUGCAGUUCCACGUUCAAGGAGACCUCAAUAACUACACCAGAGAAAACAUUAUAAGCAUCGUUAAGACAGUUGCUGGUAUCCUGAAUUGUAGGACAGACGAGAUUCUAGUAAAUGGCGUUUAUCAUUCAAGAAGUUUUAUGCUAGUGCUGUCAGUGAAGGAUAUUUACAUUAAGAAAUGGAUGAACUUAAGUGAACGAGACUGUCACCAUCUUACAAGUCUUCACAUCGACUAUUUUAUUCUUAACCAAAAGAUCUUUCAACUUGAGUCGUCAAAAGAUUUGGUGGAAAGCAAAAUAGCAGUCUUAGACAAAGAACUACAGUUUGCAAAACUAUGUGGUGAUUUGGCAAAAGAUUUUCCACGGCAGAAAUUCCAACAGCUAAGGAGUAUAUUAAGCGAUUCUAGAAGAAAAAUGGAAUCCCUAAUGCCGGCAAAUUCCGUGUUGGAAUGUUUUGCUUAUCUUCUAGAAAAAAAUCUUUUUUCGAAAGAAGACGUUAGUUUCAUACAAUUUCUUUGUAAGGAAACGAACUGUGAAGAACUGCAUAAAAAAUGUGUGGAAUAUGCACAAGGACAAGAACUACAUUUUUUUGAAGAAGGAAUAUUUGAGGGUAAAAUAUAUCACAGCAUCGACAAAACCUACACCACAUAUAGAGUACAUCAGUGCUCUAAGUGUCCGGGAGACAAAAAUUACUAUUGUGAAUCGUGCCCAUGUGCUUUGUGCCCGCGGUGUAAAGAGAAACAUGUAAUAGAUUUCAGAACAAUAGAUCAUACUGUUGUGACAUUCCAUGAGAAAUUGAACUACAUCCCCUCACAAGAGGUCUGUGUUCGACAUCCUGGCAAACUAUAUAGAACGUAUUGUGAACCUUGUAAUCUCCCUGUCUGCUUCCAUUGCAGAAAGCAUAGAAAUCACAAACAACUAAAAAUAAAAACAGCAUUUGAAAAAAUGCUACGACAGCACAGUGGUAUCAUUUACACCAUCAGAAGUGAGGCUCUCUUUUACAGACCUGUUCUCCUGUCAGAAAUCAGAUCUGAUUUUAAAACCUGUCGCACAGAACUCUCCCUCCAUCUAUCAGAUAUGUUAACAAAGGCCCAGAGACUGAAGGAUCUCAUUGACUAUAUGGUAUAUGAUUUAUUGAACAAUGUGUUUUGUUACUUUGAUUUCAAACACAGAUGUAAAAAACAAAAGAUAAAAAUGACCAGACAUAUUGUCAGACUAAGGAGAUAUGAACACAGAUAUGUACAGCCAGCAUUCACAUUCAGUGCACUACAAUUCCUCUCAUUCACAAAGACAGCCCUCCCCCAGAUACAUCUUACACUCCACACCAGCCAGCUCUCCAUGACUGAGUCACUCAACAAGGAGGAUGUGAUGGAGUCACUGAGUGCAAUCCAAAUCACAGAGAGAGGAAACCGACGCGUAGGAAACCAGAGUCUACUGAAAAUGAUGUCUGAUCCUGAGCUUCAUCAGUGUCUCACACUGACAGGUGUUGAUAGUUGUAAACACAUUUCCUGUGUUACAUCAAGCCGGGCCUGGGUCAGUGAUGAUGAAAACGAACUUAUCCUGACAAACAACACAGGUGCCACUCUGCAACAUAUGUAUGAUUUAUAUACUGGUGGAUAUGGAUUACACACAGUGAACAGUGAGGGUGACCUAUUUUAUAUAAGUAAGAACUUUUCUAUCAACAAACUGUCAAUAGAUAUGAAAAAAACUACUAAAUUCAUAAAGUUUGCAUUGAAACCAGGUUGUGUGUAUUGGUCCCCUUCUUCUGGGGAUAUACUGAUUGGGAUGUAUAGAGAGAAAUUAAAAACAGGAAAGGUUACCCGAUACAAACAAAGCGGACAACUGACACAAACCAUACAAUAUGCACGGGAAGGAUUCAAACUGUAUAGACAGCCUCGCUAUAUUACCGAGAACAAAAAUUGGGAUGUCGUGGUGUCUGACUAUGACGGUAAGUCUGGUGCUGUAGUAGUGACAGAGCGUGAGGGAGAACCUCGUUUCUUCUACACAGGACAUCCAUCAGGAUCAGGACUACGGCCACGUGGAAUCUGUACUGACGCGCUGUCACACAUCCUUGUGUGUGAUGAUAAAACCCACACAGUACAGAUAAUAGAUAGGGACGGAAAGUUCCUGUCUCACCUACUGAUAAGACCAUCAGGAAUAUUCUAUCCACACAGUUUGAGUUAUGAUGUCAAUACCCACCGUGUCUGGGUUGGAUCACAGGACAACAACAAGGUGGUUAUUUACAACUAUAUACAGAGGGCGACAGUGACUACUGAUGUGACGGAGUCACUGAGUGAACUCAUAACCACAGAGACAGAACUCUCAGAUCUCAUUCCAGUGACUACUGAUGUGACGGAGUCACUGAGUAAACUCACAACGACGGAGACAGAAAUCUCAGCCACCGUUGAUGAGAUGGAGUCAUUCAGUGAACUUGCAACCAUAGAAUCAAAAUGCACACAGGAAGGAAACGACAGUCAGCUGAAACUGAUGGAUUCUCCAACGCUCGUUCAUUUUUUCACAGUGAAUGAUGUCCGUUAUUGUUAUCAUAUUUCCUUUGUAACAGCAGACCAAGUCUGGGUCAGCGACAGAAAGACUCUCAUCAUGACAAACGGAGCAGGUGACACUCUGCAUCGUGUGGAAGAUAUAUGUAGUGACUUACGUGGUGUAUUACACACAGUAAACAACCGUGGUGAGCUAUUAUAUAUUGAUAGCAAUUAUAACAUCAAAAAGUUGUCAUCAGAUAUGGAAACAGCCACCACAUUUAUAAAGAGACCAACAUCAGCAUGGGAACCACGGUGUGUGUACUGGUCCCCGUCCACUAGGGAUUUACUGGUUGGGAUGUGUAAAUAUAGGACAGGUAUGAUAACCCGGUACAACCAGAGCGGACAACAGACACAAACAAUUAAACACGACAACACAGGACUAGAAUUGUAUAGAGAACCUAACUAUAUAAUAGAGCUAAACAAUGGGGAUGUAGUGGUGUCUGACGCAUUCAGUGCUGUAGUGGUGACAGGGCGUGGAGGAAGACAUCGUUUCUCCUACACAGGGCACCCAUCAGGAUCAGGACUAGAGCCACGUGGAAUAUCUACUGACACGCUUUCACACAUAAUUGUGUGUGAUGAUAAAACCAAACUAAUUCAUAUUAUAAACAAAGACGGUCAGUUCCUGUCACAUCUAGAGAUAAAUUCAUCAGAUAUAUGUUCACCAUAUAGUCUGUGUUAUGAUGCCAACACUCAUUUUCUAUGGGUCGGAUCAGGGUAUAACAACGAACUGUGUGUCUACAGGUACAUAGAACGUAUGGACACUCAGAUUGAUCAGAGCAUACGUUGUCUUGAUGAAUUUGCCUUUGCCUCAUGCAGCUCAAGACCAGCUUGGAGGUAGCUUGGAUAUUGACAGAUUAGGCAGUCUUAGGGGUGAUAAUAUGUCUUGGUGCCAAUAAUUCCUCCAUGAAACCAAUCAUAUUUAAUGUGACAUCAAUGAACUCUGAUGUAUUUAAGAUCUAUAAUGUGGUCAGUCACUGUGUAAAUGAACAGUGAUUAAACAGUUUGCCAAUAGAGACUAUUAUAAUGAUCGGUUAUUGUGUACAUGAACUGUACAGAAACAAAUAAAUUUGUAAAUUAAUUCGACGGUGUUAGUUUCUGUGUACGUGACAUUUACGGUGAUCACUUAUUGUGUACAUAUAUUCUACUGUGAUCUGGUAGUAUGUAAAUGAACUAUACAGCGAGCAGGUAUUGUUGAUUGAGCACUAAAGAGACCAUUAACUGUUUAUUCUGAUGCUAUUAGUUAAGUCAAUUAUCUUUAGAAAAUGUAUUUUAAAUAUCCCGUUUAAACAAGUAUAACAUGCUUAUUCAGUUAUAUAAAGAAGAACUUGACUUGGAAUAAAAAAAUUACUCUUAAAAGCUGUCAUUUAUUUAAUAAAUAUACCUUAGUUUAUACCUAUAUUUAUUCUUUAUAUUUACGUGUAAACCUAAAAAUUAGCAAUUUGUUCUGGUAAUUACUUUAAUAACAGUAAGACAUAAACCAGCGUUGUAUUCAGAGCACUAAGUACAUUUUAUAUGUUAACCAAACCGGAAUACAGGA